AUGCUCGUUGUCGAGCAGAGACUUAGUGCUAGGCGUGUGGGCCGCGGAGUUGUACUACGGGCCAGGUUUGUCCACGGCGUGGAGGCCCAGGGCUGGCGGAUGAAGUUCUCACUGUUGAGAACCGAGGUCGAAAUAGACGCGGAGCCUGAAACAUAUAUGGAACUAGCGAGACGUUUGAGAGCAGCCAACGUCAUCGUGAAACCGGGAAGAUCGCGUUUAGCUAUCACACCGAAGGCAGUAACAAGUCCAAUUUUGGUGAACAAGCCCAUAUUGACACAGCCCUCAACAUUCAACACCAACAAUCAAAUGAAACCUAUUUACUGUCAAGAUACUGAGGUGAAAGUGAGCAAUCCAUCGUGUCACUCUCCGGGAGCCAUCCUGCCUGAUCUGCCACAACCUGCCGAGGAACCUGAUAAGAACCAGGGUCUAUCAAAGGAGGCGAGUUCAUCAGAGACUCAGAGUUGGUUGUCACAGCAUCGCUUUAACCAGCAUAUAAUGACCUUUGCUAAUUUCUCCGGAGCUGAUCUGCUCAGACUGUCUCGAGAUGACAUCAUACAGAUCUGUGGACUCGCUGACGGGAUACGGCUAUAUAACUCACUGCAUGCCAAACGUAUCGAGCCUCGCCUCACGCUGUACGUGUGUCCGGCCGGUGGUAGUGUGUACAGCGCUAUAUACCUACACGCGUGUAAGGCGAGCGAAUUGUUACAUAAACUGAAGGCUAUUGGAAGACAUGAGGAUUGCGAGAUGGUUCUAGUGAGUGGCCCCAACGGUACUCGUGUGAGGCUGACGGAUGAACUUGUUAGACAUCUGCCCGAUAACAGCACUUACACACUGGCUAGAGAACAUGAUGCUCUGCUGCUGGCAGCAUGGUAG